CGACUGCUUCUAGUAGGGAUCUUCAAGCGAUCCUUGGGAUUAGUCCUGACUCGCAAAGACUCAGGAAAAAUAGGAAUCAUGGACACCUUGUCUAUGUAUGCAUGGUAUAUCAACCAAAUGUGCAAACUGCUUUUUCUUCCCUGUUUUUUUUUCUUUUGCAAAGUUUAUUAUUUAGAGUUUUGUUUCAGGCUGAUGGGUUUGCUGUGUCUUUUAAAGGACUGGAACCGGUUCAGAUCUUCUGAUGAAAACCCCUCGGCUGAUGUCCUUCCGAGCUUCCAGCUCUUUCUCUGCGGCUUAGCAUCUGGCACAUGUGCCAAAGCUGUAUGUCACCCCCUUGAUGUGGUCAAGAAGAGGUUCCAGAUCGAAGGACUACAAAGGCAUCCGAGGUAUGGAGCGCGAAUUGAGCAUCGCACUUACAAAAAUAUGUUUGAUGCUCUUCGUCGAAUUCCACAGGCAGAGGGUUGGGCUGGCCUCUAUAAGGGCAUUGUUCCAUCUGUUGUCAAAGCUGCACCUGCUGGUGCUGUAACCUUUGUUACUUAUGAAUUAACAUCAGACUGGUUAGAGUCCACUUUCAAUUAA